AUGACAAAUUUGCUAGAAGAUGCAGGUCUUGACGAUGAAAAUUAUAUAUACCUUGACAAAGACGGAAUAGCUCAAAAAAUGAUAGAGGUAACUGUUCAUUGAAAUCCUGUUCCAAAGCAAGUUAUAUUAGUUACAGUUAAUAGAAAGUAUUUCCUAAUCAGUGAUUCAUUAUCAUACCUUUGUUUUCGUAUUGGUGAAGCAAUGGAAAAAUACUCAACUUUCUCAGGACUUACAAAUUUGCGAGCGAUAAACUUAAUGAACAAUCAAGUACUUUUGCCUAACGUAAUUAUCAGUUAGAUUGGGACAAUAGGAGAUCAUGUAAAAACAGGCGAGCAUCUUACAUGCGACAUUGCCUCUAAUGACAUAUGGCUUGACGUCCAUGUUGAUUGCAGCUUAAUCCAGCUAAUUAUUUCCUUUGAAAUCAAGGUUAAUUUUAACAUCACCAUAGAAACCCUUCAAUAUUCCUUACUCCCCAUCCUUGAUAAAACAAUUUUUAAUAUAUUGCAGCAAUAAAUCAAUAGAUUAGUUGAUGCUUAUUAUAAUUUAUGAAAAAUUAAUAGUUUAUGUUGGCAAAUUAAAAGUAUUUACGUGUUUUCUUAAUAAUUUAACGAAUUAAUCAUCCGAAGUGGUUUAGUCAUCAACCUGACAUCAAAAGCUUAAUAAUCUAAAAAGUUUAGAAUUAUUAUAAAUUAAAAUAAUUAAUAAGCAACAGAAUUAUUUUAUAGAGUGGAAAAGGGUAACGAAAAUUUUUAAAUUAGCACAUUUUUUCAUCUCAUUGCUUUAAUAUUUACUAUCUUAAUUCACUUAUUUAAAAAGUCCACCAAAACAAUAAAUAAUAUUUAUUAUCUUUAUAUAUAAUUUUUUCCAAAAAGUUUUAAACCCCAUUUCUUGAUCAAACGAUCCCAUAGUUCGAUCAAGGAUGGGGGAGUUAACAGAAAUAAUUAACAAAGUUUUGAAUACAAAAAAUGUCCCUUUAGAAUAUGAAGAGUCAGACAUAGAAUUAAAAAAACUUGUUUUUGAAGAUGCCAGCGAAGCUAGCCAAGAUCACAAAAGAAGUAUGAUGGAUGUAAAGAAUAAAAAAACUUCUGAUUUAUACAAAAACCAACAAAUAGGAGAUGAGCUUGAUUAUUUAAACAGAUAUAUUGUAUGCAUCCUCGAAAAGAGGAAGAAAAAUGACAUUGAGAUAGGCCAUCCCAGCAAUAGUUCGCACAGCUGCACUGUUAAUGAUACUUUUAAUGAGUUAACUUGCACUUUUCCUAUUAGGUCUCUAAAAGUCGAACCUAAAGUCUUGACCAAUAUGAACGAGGUGAAAUCUCACAGUAAGGUGCAGAAUGAGUCUAUGAAUAAGCAAAAAAUGUGUAACUGUAAUGUCUUUUAA